AUGCAUGACCAAGCCGCUGAGAAGAGAACCCCAAAUACUCCAGGCACAUCGUGCUCUGAGAGAAAUCCCUCGGAUUCUUGGUCCGUGGAUACCACAAGGGGAUCAUCGUCCUUUGGAGCCUCCGCGCAAGUUGACGAGGGCGUCGCUGCAUCGGCAGCCAACACAGAAGACCCGGAGGAGGUGGCUUUCGGAAUGAGCAUGUUUCUGGAGGCGAGAGCCGAAGACCGAAUUAUAUACAGUCUAUAUUUCAAGAAUAGGGAAGAGGAGAGCCCCGACGCUGAGGAUAUUGUCGAUCUAGAGAAAUGUUUUGAGGAGGCCUGCGCCACAUAUGUGGCGGAAGACAGGACCGACGAAUUGGUGAAUGGAAUACGUCCCUGGUUGGCGGAUAAGUAA